AUGGUUGUCUCAUUUCUUACUGUCCACAGUCUGACAUUCAGUGAUUUUAAAAGUGAAGCGAUUCAUAUUGUUUUACCAUCAAAUAUGCUGAUGUUUUUCAACAUAAGUGAUAUCAAAUCACCAUUCAGUGAUAAAAAACAGCUUCAGGAUUUUCUCGCCAUUAUAAACAAAAAUUUCCCACAAUCAAUUCUAAAAAAUACAACAGACAGUGAUUUGAUAUUACAACAUGAAUGGAAGAUUUUGAUAUCUAUGAAAUCAGUAAUGGUUUAUGGACUAUCAUUAUUCAAUACUGUCCUCAUCAUACUAUUUAUCAUUAUAUGCACUGUACUUUUUACUGGAAAUGUUUUUCGAUUUUCUUGGCUACAAACUAGUACAGUUAUUAAAGCGAAAAAACGUAAACGAAUGUAUCAGUGCUAUAUAGAUAGUAUCAGAACAAUGCAAAUGUUACAAGUAGAAACUGUUGGACGCAGCAGAGAAGCAUUACAACAAAAAUAUAUAGAGAAUGCGCAAACUUUGUAUACAUUUUUUGGAGUACAUCGGCAAACGACAUUACCAAACGAUAUGUUUAUGAUUGAAAAGAAACAAUGAGGAAAGAAUAGAACGACAUGAUGAAAGGAUACAGCCGUUGUUGUUUUAGAAUUAUCGAUCACGAAUCUUCAAAACAAUUUCAGUUUACAAAUUCGAAAAACUCGUUCCGCCUUGUAUAUCUAUAAAUUUUCUACUUUUCCUUCUGAUAAAAAGCCUUCUAAAAGCAUACAUAACACUUGUAAAGUUGGUCGCAAGACAUAUAUAUAUAUAUUUGACAAUGACUUCUUGAAAAAACAUUUCCUGGAUAUAUAUGUGGAAAUUGAAGUCAUUUCCAAAUCAUCUAGUCGAGCAAACUGUAAAAACAAACGUUUCUAUGCUAUUCACUGA